UACGUAACCAUGUGUUUUAAUGUAAAAAACAAGCAAACAAACCCUAUUCGUUGUUUUUAUUCAACCCAGUAGGAACGUGGUUCCAUCAAUAAAAUAAUUGCACCAUGUUAGUAAAUAUCAGUUCAUAAGUAUUUAAAACAAUAAAAAAUCGUGUGUUAAAAGUGAUUUGAUGGCAUUGUUGAGACCAUGUGUAAAAUUAAUGCAAAGUUUAACACAUACCGUAGUGUAUCGAGCGCAAUGUAUCCAAAGAUUCAUUUUAAAUUCAAAAGAAGAAAAAGCUCUGAUUCUGUGUAUUCUUAACAGCAAAAACAAAAGAAUUAGUUAUAAAAGAAAACAAUCAAGUACAAGGUUUGUUUCACACUAUAGUAUUACUAAAAACAUAAAAGCGAAUGAUAACAAUUCUCCGUCUCUAAUUAAUUUAUUAAACCGCAUUGAGAUUCUCAGUAAUGAAUUCAAAAAUAUGAAAAUAGACUACGACUAUUUGAAUGAUACUAUUAAAUUAUACGCAGAAUUAAAUGAAGACAUUGACAGUACGAUAGACAUUUUUAUUCUCAAUUGUUGCGGUCGAGUUUUGCCGAAUGUAAGACACGAAGUCCGACAAAAAUUAGCUUCAAAAUUUUGGAACAUUUUAGAGAAUAAAAAUCGUGUAACUUCGCUUAAUUAUUACCAUACUUUAAUAAACAUCUACGAACAAAAUCAUGAAAAGAUAGAUUACAAUGCGUUCAUUAAAAGUAUGAAAGUCGAACCCAAUGAAAAUAUCUAUUUAGAUCUACUUCAGGUUGCCGCCAAAACCAGUGACUCUGAAUCCACGGAUUACAUUCUGUCAGAAUUAAAAAAAUUUGACAAUUUCAAAAAUUUAAAUUCCGUACAUGAACUUCCUAAAGACCCGGAAAAAAAUGACAGAUUAAAUAAUGUCAUACUAAAAAAUGUCGAUUUAUUUAAACUUCAGUUGCUAAAUGAAGUGUAUGGUAAUCUAGCCUGCGGAUACGCACUUCAAGGAGACAUUGAAAACGUCAUCAAAAUAUUAGACGGUCAUUCUCUCAACCACAAGCAAUUACUGAUGGUAUUAAAAAAUUUGUGUCUAUCAGACAAAAGCAGCAAACUUGAAAAAAUAUUGAAGUAUAUUCCGAUAAAAGAAGUCGCAACAAACCGAUUGUUUAUCAAUAUGAUUUACGAACUCGUGCAUUUGAAUAAAAUAAACGAAGCCUUAAUGGUAGUAGACUUUUUUGCCGCUAACAAUUCGAUUAAAAACUCAUUGUUUAUCACGAAAAAUUUUCUACAAGCUUUGAUUCGCGCCGACAUCCCGGAAUCGAAUAUUUUAAACAUUGCUGAAAAAUUAAGCAGAACCUUUUCACCGGAAACUGUAAAGUAUAUUCUGUUAGAAGAGAGCUUACGCUGUGAAAAUUUUGAAUUCGCGCUCUUGCUGUUGGAAAGUAUAGAAAAGAAUAUUGAAAUACGGCCGCAUUAUUAUUGGCCGAUACUGAUACAGGCUUUCAAAAGUAGGGGAGAGACUGGGGUCUUUGGUAUCAUUGAUCACAUGAGACAGAUGCAAGUGCGACUGGACUAUGAUACUUUACUGCAUUACAUCUUUCCUCAUAUAAAUACACUAGAUCCCCUGUUUCCAUUGCAAAAGCUAUUAAACCGCGGGCUGAAAUUGCAUGACAUCUUAAUUCCAUUAGUAAGUUUUUUGCUGGAAAAUGGAAGAAUAAAUGCCGCGAAUUUUCUACUUUUGAAAACGAAGAAGAAAGUUAAAUUUGACAAAAUUUUAUCCCCUCUUAUCAAAGCUCUUAAGUAUCAAAAAGACGCUCAUGGGUGUGCGAAACUUUUGCUGUUUUCUGCUUCUGUUAAAGACUACCCUGGACACUUCUUAUUGCGGAUACUUGAUGAUAAAUUUUUUUUUAAUAGCAAUCACAUUAUCAAAGACCUGAUAAGCUCUUAUAAGAAACAUAAAAUUUGUAUUUCAAAUGAAGUAGGAAAACUGAUAUGCGAAAAAUGUACAGCGCAGAGAAAUAAGUUAGAAAUAAUGACUUUUUUAAAAGACUCUGAUAUUGUAAAUAAAAAUUUAUCAGUUAGCAAUUAUAGCUCAAAGAAUCCUGAGUAUGUAGAUGACGAAGAUGAACUGAAAUGUCAUUUGAUUGAACUGAAAUCAAAAGGACUUUGUUACGACUUUGUAUUACGGAAACUGUUUAUGAUUGCAUGCGAUUGCGAUGAUAGUAAACAGGUGGAAUUAAUUGAAAGUGAAUGUAAAAAACGGAAUAUAGAAUUGACAGCUUCUAUGAAAGCGAGUCUCAUUGGAUAUCUAGCUCGUCAUGGAAAAAUAGAGGACUUGUGUUCUCUUUUGCUGAAUUUGCGAACAGAACAUCCGGACUUUAUUCUAAGCCCGGUUAAAAUUUUGCAAGCAGCAGUGGCAUUUGUUAAUUGUAAUAAGAUAGAAUUGGCCUGGGAGUUGAUAAACAACAGCGAAACAUCUACGAAUCAAUCACAACAGGGAUCUUGGAAGUUAUUGAAUUCAAUUGCUUGCAGUAAACACUACAAGUUAACGAACCUCAUGCUGAAUACUUUGAUAAUUAAAAAUUUUUGCAAAAUUGAUAGCAGGAUAUUGGAACCUCUGAUAACGCAACAUCUUAUUAGAAAUGAUUUACCAUCGGCUAUUAGAUCUUUUCAAUUUGUUGCAAAUCGCUAUCAGUAUAUACCCAUGCAUCAAAAAUUGGUGUAUGAUAUUAUUAAGUCAAUUAGGGAUGAUGCUAAUGAAUCUUAUAAAUCAUUGCUUAAAAGUGUUCUCAAUGUCAUUUAUAGUAUCGGUGGACAGAGAAUGGUUGAUAUGGAUUUAAUAAUUGCAUAUGUGAAGUGUAAUAUGUUGGAUGAAUUGAAAACAGCUAUAAUGAAUUUACAGUUAGAUCGAAUCUUUUUUGACCAAUAUUUGAUUAAUUUAUCUGAUGAAGAAAAGUCAAUUGUUCUGAUGAAAAUUUUAGAAGCAAGUAGUGAAAUUGACUGGAUUGACCGUCAACCAAUAUGUGAAUCAUUGCUGAAAACAUACAGCAAUCUGAAUGAUCGUAAAGGUGUUAUAGAAUUGUGGAAAAUAAUGAAAAAUGAAGGAAUAAAAUCAUCUGCAAAAUUUGAUAAACAUUUUUCAACAUUUUUAUUACUACAUAAAAUACAAAUACCGAAUUCGUUAAUUACUCGUAAAGAAUUUUUGAGUUAAAAUUAUUUAAAAAGUGAGUUUUUCACUGUGAGUACAUCUAGUAAGUAUAUAAAUUUUUACCAUGGUCUUAAAAAUUUCAUCCAAAUCUACGUGAUAUCAAAAAUUGUAUUUUAUAAUGCGUGAUGAAGGUUUUAAUGCUUUCUGGAUAUCUCUAGUCAGUCUAAAACUUUUGAGAUAAUUUUUACUCAAAAAUUAUCUUUUUGUAUAUUUGCAGAUAAAUGGAAUAUUAAAAUAUUUAAUUAACAUGUAAAUAAAAGAUAGCUAACCAAUAAAAUAAUUUUUUUCUUAAAGAAUAAAUUAUAU